UGUUACUUUCGUUUUUUCGCGAUCUUUUUCGGGCAGAUUUGUUUUUUUCUACCAUGUCGGAGACAGCUCCCGCCGUACCCGCCGCUCCCGCAGCCCCGGCCCCCGCGGAGAAGGCCCCGGUCAAGAAGAAGGCCAGGAAGCCGGCGGCGGGUGGAGCGCGGCGCAAAGCCGCGGGUCCCUCGGUGUCCGAGCUGAUCACCAAGGCGGUGGCGGCGUCCAAGGAGCGCAACGGGGUGUCCCUGGCCGCGCUGAAGAAGGCGCUGGCCGCCGCCGGCUACGACGUGGAGAAGAACAACAGCCGCAUCAAGCUGGGGCUCAAGAGCCUGGUCGCCAAGGGCACCUUGGUGCAGACCAAGGGCACCGGCGCCUCGGGCUCCUUCAAGAUCAACAAGAAGGCGGCCGGCUCCGAGGGCAAGGCCAAGCCCAAAGCCAAGAAGUCAGCGGCCGCGGCUAAGCCCAAGAAAUCGGCCGGGGCCGCCAAGAAGCCCAAGAAGCCCGCGGCCUCCGGAGCCAGGAAGAGCGUGAAAAAGACGCCCAAGAAAGCUAAGAAGCCUGCAGCCGCGGCGGCCGGAGCCAAGAAAUCUGCUAAGACCCCGAAGAAGGCCAAGGCUGUUAAACCCAAGAAAGCGGCCAAGAGCCCGGCCAAGCCUAAGGCGGCCAAGCCCAAAGCGGCCAAGCCCAAGGCUGCGAAACCCAAAGCGACCAAGCCCAAAAAGGCAGCGGCGGCCAAGAAGAAGUAAGGUGUUUAUCUCGUUGCCUUUCUCUUGAACCCCAACGGCUCUUUUCAGAGCCACCCA